AUGUCCUCUUCCAUUAUUUGCCCCUUGCUUAGUGUCAUGGUUAAAGUGAAGCUAAAAGUAUUAUUUUUCUUUUCUUUUCAGAGUGGGAGGUCAGACACGGUGGACCUCAAUGACAGUACUCUCCAGGUGGAUAUAUCAGAUGCCCUUAGUGAAAGAGAAAAAGUUAAAUUUACCGUCCACACAAAGACAACCCUGCCAGACUACAACAAACCUGAAUUUUCGGUUGUACGACAGCAUGAAGAGUUCAUAUGGCUGCAUGACCGGUUUGAUGAGAAUGAAGACUAUGCAGGCUACAUUAUACCCCCUCCGCCCCCCCGUCCGGACUUUGAUGCAUCUCGGGAAAAACUGCAGAAAUUGGGAGAAGGCGAGGGAAGCAUGACCAAAGAGGAGUUUAAUAAGAUGAAGCAGGAAUUGGAGGCGGAAUAUCUAGCAACCUUCAAGAAGACGGUAGCCAUGCACGAGGUGUUCCUUACCAGACUGGCACAGCACCCCAUCUUCAGGACUGAUCACAACUUCAAAGUUUUCCUUGAAUAUGAACACGAUCUCUCUAGUCAGAACAAAGAAUCAGAUAAGGAAGAAGGGGUAGAAGUAGACUCUUCAGUAGAGCAAUCAACAAGUCUACUGAUGAGAUUCUCUUGUGGAUACACUAGAAGGAUAGUUAGAUUCUCAGAAGCUGCUAUCAUCUUUCCCUCCUGCCUCUUUUACCUCCCCCUCCUAGCAGGUGUUGCAGAUUCAUACAUCAAGCUGUCCACGGGCUUGUCUCAGUUGGGGACGAUUGAGGGCCCAAGACUAGAAAAGUUUAUCAACAAAGUGUCAGACACCUUUGAGAAAGCUAGGAAAGUGGAAGGCCGGGUAGCCUCAGACGAGGAUCUCAAGUUAUCUGAUACGCUUCGCUAUUAUGUGCGGGAUGGGAGUGCAGCCAAGGACCUUCUCUACCGACGUUUGCGAUGUCUUGCGAACUAUGAACAGGCCAACAAAAAUCUUGACCGUGCAAGGGCCAAGAACAAGGAUGUCCAUGCUGUGAGUGUGCACUCUGUCCCUCCCUCUGUGUGGCCUAUGAUAAUAGCUGAUGCUUGAGCUGUGAUUUAUCAU